AUGAGGAUCUUGAACUACCUGAAUGUAUCGAGAAACAAUCUCAUCGGUAGCAUUCCUCCACCCAUUUCCACUAUGCAGAGCUUAACAUCUGUUGAUUUCUCUUACAACAAUCUCUCUGGUUUAGUCCCUGGUACUGGCCAGUUUAGCUACUUUAACUACACUUCCUUUCUGGGUAACCCAGAUCUCUGCGGUCCUUACCUGGGUCCUUGCAAAGAUGGGGUCCUUGUAACUAUAAUAAAUUUUUUAUUUAUUUAUUAUACUUUAUUGUGA